AUUAUCGAAAGUAGUGUUUUAGUUGUCCGCGGAUACGCCGUCCGAAACCGCAUCAUUUAUCACAUCGCACCUAUAUAUGUUAUACCAAUAAACGCAAUGAUGAUGAUGGACUUCAACCGGACCGUAUCGAAACCUUUACCGGAACUGGGGUAGGCACCGCGGAAAAUAUCGUACAUUUCUUUUGUGGAAAAGGCCAGAUCCGUCUGUCUGUAACGCUUUUUUUCUUGUACUUAGAACGUUAAUUGCCGCAUUUAGAUCGAAAUUGGCGUAAAUAUACAAAUAAAAAAAUUUAAAGAGAAGAAUAUUUUGUCAAGGACCGUACGUAGAUUUUGUCUAAAAAAUUGUCAUACAAAAAGUUACAGCCAUGUUGGUUUUCGCGUUUUUUUUUUAAACAGCCUAAAUUUGAUGAACUUUUUUAUUUGUGAUUAAACACUCUAAUUUCAAUCUAAACGCCACAAUUUAUGUUUUAAGUUACGCGUAAUGUUGUUAUGUUGUACAGUUAGUGAGAGGCGUACAACACAUAAUGACAGCCUCUUAACCAAAAUAAUUGUAGAUGUACCUAUUUACCCACGUCCCACAUAUUUAUAAUUUAUUCUUUGUAAUAGUUACGAUUGCAAUGUAAAUGUGUGUCGUGGUGCACCCAGUUUCCUAAAUUGUAAGUACACAUCAACCGUGUUGUAUUUGCCGUAGUAGUCAACUUUAUCAGAAGAGUGCGUUUGCCGUACAAUAAAUAUUAUUGUCAGUUGUUCUUUAAUCAUUAAUUAAUUUAGUUAUUUAUUAAUAAAGGGCAUAGCCCAACAGUACAGCACAUAGAAAUAAUGAUACAUGAUAUUUAUAUUUCAGUCCGAGCGGUGCGCUGUUUACGAGUGUGUACGACCGUACAUAAUAUUCGUAUCGAUGAUUGUUUCAAUAAUAAUGUUUACAACAACGAAAUAAAACGUCCGUUAAAACGUUUGAUUAAAAUUCGUAUGUAAAAACGUGUUCGCCAUAAAGAUUUGUAGCGUUGUUGGGUUUAUAACUAGACAUUUUAAACAUUUCAAUGACCGCUAAAACCCGUCAUAUAUAUCACGGGCCUACGAUUAGUUAUGGUACGAUGCUGUACACGUACGAAAGAUAUCAUUAUUAUAUCGGUUAUAAUAAUAUAAUUCCCAUAAGAUUUCGCAUUGGCGUCAUAAUGGGGUAGCGAGAGGUAGCAACUGUUAUCUCGCCGUUUUUACCAGAGUCGCAAAUUAAUAGCUGCGCUACCCAACUUGCUUCACUAGACCACAACUGACUGGGAUAUCGAAUAUUUUGUUAUAAACCCAGUUAGGUGACCCGUUUUCAAUUCGUAAAUUAUUGUUUUGAUUUUAGAUUUUCGGUAGAGGCGUAGUGGUGGUUUUAUCUACGAUGUGUUUCUUUUGUGUGUGCGUGUCUGUUAACAAAUUCGCAACUGUAAAUCUUGCUCCUAGUAAAAUAUCAAUAGAAAUUUUCUUGUAGCAUUUUAGAUGCAGGUAAUUGGUACAUUGGCAAUGUUUUAAUGCGGGAAAUUCACGCAAUAACGGUUUCUGAAGACAUUUUCGAUUUUGUGUUUUUAGAUUCCGAGCGUAGCGAUGAUCGCUAUGGGUUUUACAAUGCUGUUUAUUUCUUUAUUAUUUGUUUUAGUCUGUGGACACGUUUUUCCUAGAAAAUUUGCUUCGAUUUUUACGUGUAGCACAUUUUCUGAAAACUGAAGUUGUCUUAAUUGUACUUUAAACAGGUCAUUUUUUUUAUUUCGACGUCAUUUUUUAAAUAAAAGCAUUUAAGUAGGAAAAAACAUAGGAAAAUGUACAAGUUCACGAUUUCAUUAUUUUAUAAAAACACGGACGAUGUUUUCUACCAGAAAAAAUGAUUUAAUCGAAAAAUCACAAGACAUGUUUUUUGUUGUCUUUUUGAUUUAAUUAAUAUCAUCGUCAAACCUUUUGAACCACUUUUGAGCCUUUAAGAAAUUGUAAUUUUUGGGAUUUUUUUUGCUGUAACUCAAUGGUUAUAAAUUUACAUAGAGAUUUGAAAUUUGGUAAUAAUAAUUAUAUUGGAUUUACCUACACUUGGUAAAAUUUUCAAAACCAUCAGACUUUUUUUUUUUAAAUUAUUAUUUUUUUAAUUUUUGAAAUCAAAUUUAAAAGAAAAUCACAAAAAAUUACGGCACUUCAAAUUAUGUAUUACCGAACUGCGCUCGGAAUCGUUUUUUCGUCAAGCAAUAGUUUAUCGUUGCUUACAGAUAUAAAUUAAAUAACCUUAUGUAUCUUACCUCACUAACUUCUCACCUAUAACAGUGGCCGCUCUCAUCCCCAGUAUCAGCUCUUUUUUUUUUAUACUGUAGACCACUUUUAUCUUGGAUAACUUGCUCCGGUGUACGGGUGGAUCUAGAAAUUUUUAAUGGGGAGAGGGCUUAUUUGUAUUUAUAGAAAGGCAAAUUAUAUAAUUUUAGUAAAUACAUUUGUAUAUUAGUUAGUUAUAAUAUGUUUGAAAAUGAUAAAAUAUGAAAAAUUAAUAAGUUCAUUUAUCUUUUGACCAAUCUUCAAUUUCCAUUAGCCUUUGCUUUUUUCGAGAAAAUCUGUUUAUGAUUUCAUCGAUGUCAAUAGGUAUUGUCAUAGAAAUAGAUUACACGCAAGUUUCGAUAUCGCCGACACUGAACUGACUGGCUAACCGGCUCGCUAUGAGCCAUAUAAAGAUGACAGUGGUUCUAGAAAGUUCGAUAACAUUCCAGAUUAAAUACCGGGCAUCAAUAUCGAACAGUCGUUGUUCGAACAUAAUUAUACUUACAUUUUAAAUGUUUACCUAGAUGUAAAGAAAUACCUAUUAAGUAUUUAAUAGAAAUUUACAUAAUAUAAAACACGUCCGUUCUUAUUUUAAAUAUUAUUAAAUCGAUAUAUUUUAAAAGACCCUUGUAAUUAUUAAUCUUAUUAAGUCGAUUCUACGAAACAAUCAGUUGAAAUAUUAUAAACGUAGUUUUUGUUUUUUACCACAGAAUAUUACAAUUUUAACUGCGAUUUGUUGGUAAUUCAUAAGUGAUGAACUACAUAGUUAUUUAAUAAGACAUUUCAGUAUUUUUGGUACCGUUAAAGGUACUAGACUAGUGAACCUAAAUCGCCGAGUGUUAUAACAUUAUUAUAAAUGGUAAAAUUACUGCAGUUAUAAUAUUCAUUAUUGUGUACACUUUCCACUUUUUUUGGUUAUGUGAAAAAGAUAAAAAACAUUAUAUAUUUGUACACUUUUUACCUUUUUGCGAAGGAUUGAAACAUGCAACCCGAUUACGCAAAAGAAAAUAAUCACAAUUUUCCUUAAAUAAUAAUUAUAAAUACAUAGGUAAUUAUUUUUAAAUUGAUCGUUUUUAAUUAGGUAUCUCGUAUGAAAACAAUUGACACCGGUCUGACGUUUAAUGCGAUGUAUUACCUACUGCAUCGGUGUUGGUGAAUUGCGGCCCAUUUCUAAAUCAAGUACGACUAGCGAUCCGGGUUUAUGAGACGGACAUAUGAAUUGCGACCCCAUAAUACGAGUAGUUCAUCAUUUCAUAAUAUCAACCUAUUAAAAUAUUAGGAUUGCCCAAGAGACUGUACCAUCGGGAACUAUCAGUUGGCUGAGUCGUCUUCUAUAUCUUCUAGUCUCUUUCUUUUUAGUCAAUGACUCAAAAUUUGCGUGUUUGAACCUUGAGGACUUUUUUUAUUGUUUUAUUACGUUUGUGAUCAGUGUUACUUUCAACUAUAAUAUUUGCAGGAGAAAAUUUUAAAAAGCACUUUGAAUUUUUUACAUAGCAAGGCCACCCUUUACCGUUGUACAUGUCAUCUUUAAGUGAUUUAUGGAAACGGAAUUUGUAGUUUUCGUGGAUAGUGGUUCGAAUAAGAAUAAGUGGUUCGAUUUUUCAUAAUAAACAAAUUCCAUGAUAAUUGAUUGUACAAGAAACUAUAACGGACUAACAGAGUAAUAUUUUAUGUCUGAACUAUCAACGUUUAUUGUCCGUCGUUAUAUUUUAGAUUGUAUUUGUAUUUUUAAAUUGUAGUUAAUAAAUAUUUAUGACAUAACUUAAAAUAUAAAAAUAAAGUGAAAAAGAUACCUUACUUACUUACAGCCAUAAGGUUUACCGGGCCAAAAUUCAUAUAGAACAAGCCGGGCCGUAAUUCACACUUAGUUUACAGCAGCCGAGCAGUUGUAAUUUUGGUUAUGUUGGCACUUCAUAUACCAGUGGUUGAUUUUCGACAUUUUUCUGGGGUCCUGAAAAAUCAAAUGUAUUUGAAAGGUACCUUUUAUUUUUAUUUUCAUUUCUACUCAACUAUAAGUUUGAGAACCAUUUGAUAGUUAGCCAAGUUAGUCAGGGACCACAGCGAAGGGACGUCAUUGACUCCAUAAAAUUGUUUUUUUUUUUUUUAUUUAUAUUUUUAUUAUUAAAUUCAUCAUUACACUUUAAUAGAUAAAUUUGUGUUACGAAGUUGAUCGAAAAUGUCCAACAGUUCUUUGAAUCACAUUCGCAAAAUAAUAUAUUCUUAAACAAUUUUAGAAUAAUUGAUGAACUCUUUUUAUGAAAUAUUUAAUUUUUUUAGAAACUAUUUAUUUGAAUAUUCUUCGAGUGCUUUUUUAGUGUUAAACAUUUUUUUUUAUAAUAUCAAACAGUUUAUCCCGAAUCUCGAUAUCAUCGAUAGUACUAGUAAUAGAUUUAUCAUUACUAUAACUAGAAGAUUUACACAAUAAUAUAUAUAGUAUUUUUACCUAUAUUUUUGAACUACGAUUUGACGGAAAAUAAAAUCGAACCUUUUUUUCAUUUUGGAUCAUGGACGCCCACAAUGGCAUAAGCGUCACGUUAUAGCAUUCAGAGAAAUGGCACAUCAUACUUAUUAUACCACGACAGUAACACAAUGAGAAAGAUUUGUUAUAUAUAUAUAUAGAUUGAUUAUUUUUUUAAUGACGGUACAUCGCACGUUGGACCGGUUACAUCAAACAAUUAUUCAAAGAAUAAAUUUAAGUAGGAAAAAGACAAAUUAUUACAUUAUUUUUCGUCGAGUCAACAAUAUAAGUAAUAAUAAAAACCUACGCUGGUAAUUGAGAAGUAAAUUGUAAAUUCCUGUUUUUUUUUUUUUUUUUUUUUUAAUGAAAAUGAUGUAUAUUUUUCAGAAAACAACACUUUUCAAACCAAAAGUAAAACUUUUUCUUUUAUUAUAUGAUGAAAAGGUAAAAAGUGUGCAAUCGUAUUGCGUCGAAAAUGUCUUCCUCUACUAUGGUACCUACGUUUGUACAUCUCUCUAAAUUAUCUACAUAAGUACACGAUAAAUUUCGGUUUUUGUCACGCCGUUCAAACUUAAAAAAAUAUUUAACUAAUCAAUAAUUUAUCACAAUUUUGGAUUGCUUUAUUUAUUUAUUCUAACAGUUUAUUGGAAAACGAACCGGGAGAAACCGGUCGCCAACUGUUGGGAUGGAACCUUGCCGCCGAAGAUCUUGUUCACAUUCCGGAUCACUGGUUGAACUAUCAAGAGCCGAGUUCGCUUUCCCAUUAUUACUUGGCGUUUAUGUAUAGUAUUUUUACAAUUUUCGCGUUGGUUGGAAACGGCUUGGUCAUAUGGAUAUUUUGUGUGUAAGUAUAUCUAUUACCUAUAAUUUGUAUUUAAAAUUUCGUCAUCCUAUUUAAAUUAAAUAUGAUAAAACAAGAUCAAAUUGUUAGACCAAACAUAAAUAUUUGAAAAUUUAACAAGAGGUUCAUUGAAGUUGUACAAAGUGCUAAAAAAAAAAAAAUGGUACCGUGUAAUUAAGUUUUUUUUUUUUUAUAUGAAUUUUAGUAUCAAAUUUGACGAAAAUCGUUUUUGUAAAAAAUUAUGUGGAACAAAUCUAGAUACUGUUCCAUACAAAUUUUUUCAAUAGAUACAUUAUAGGCUAUUAUUAUGUAAGCCCAAAAUGACCAAAAUCUAACAAACUAUAGGUAGGUACUAUUUUCGUCCAGUUAAAACAAUGUUGUGUUAGUUAUUCACUUGUAAUAGAAAUUUAUACAUUUAAUUAUAUUAAAGUUAUUAAAUCUGAUCGAUAAAAAAAAUAAAUAAAAUAUGAAAUUAAAAAACAUUAACUUGUAUUUUGUUUGCAAUACAUUCAAAAACGAAUUUGAAAACACUGAAAAUAAGUAAACUCAAUCAUUAUUUAUUUUCAGACCUCAAUAGUCUCUAAAAUGGAUAUUUGUAAAAGUAAACUGUACAAAGUCAAGUUUUAAACUAGAUUUAAGUUAAUUUUAUUUAACGAUAAAAAUAAUCAAGUAAAAAUGCCAAGUAGAAAGUUUAAAAAAUAAAUUUGAAUAUUCAAUUAUGGCUGAACCACAGUUUAGCGCAUAUUUGGACCAACUCAAAAUAUGCACACAUGUAAUUAUGAAAUAAAAACGAAUAUCAAAAUAAAGAAUUGUUCGGAGAAGAGGCUAUAAUAUUCAGAUACUUAAAGGAAAAAUAAUGAGCUGAUUAGGAUAAUCUUUCCUAUUUAUUGAAAUCGAUUUAUUGUUCGUUUUUAUCUAAAGUUAAAUAAUAAGGUAUAUACAGAGUGAUCAAUCUUCAAAAAGACAAAAAUUAUUUCAGAAAAUAUAAACUUUUCGGAAUUUUUUUUUGCCCAACAUUACCGUUAUUUAUUGUUACUCUUAUUUUCGGGAGUGAAACCACAGUAUACUUUUGAUUUUAAAAAAGCAACCUAUGCAAUAAAAAUUCCAUAAAAAAUGAAGUAUUAAAACAUCAUCCGUUUAAAGAAUUUUAAUGUAAUGUUGCUAUUUGAAAAUCAAAAACGGUUAGUGGUUUCAGGCCUGUCGUAAGAUAUUUUAAACCAUAAAGCGAAAAUUAUAUUGCUGUACUUUUUGACGAUUAUUAAUUUCAUUUUGCCGCUUCAAUUUCUUUAAAGUUGUAUGCCACCCUAAAAUAACGCAUGAUUUGCUUGUAUCCUAGCGACGUGCCUGAGCGGUUUCACACCCAACAAUAAGGGGUGACAAAAAAGAAAAGUAAUGUGAUUUGUUUUGUAAGUUGUCUCCCUCCCAAAAAAACGAAAUUAUGAGUCUCCGAGAAUUGAUCCCAUUGAAUGUAUUAUUUUAAUAUGAUAACUUUUUUCUCGUGAUAAUAAACGUUAUUUUCUAAAUUAAAUGAUACAAAUUCUUAUGUUUUAUUUCAGAGCAAAACCAUUGCGAACGCCGUCCAACAUAUUCGUAAUCAAUUUGGCGCUUUGCGAUUUUUGUAUGAUGGCCAAAGCGCCAAUUUUCAUUUACAAUUCGAUCCAGCGUGGAUAUCAGGGUCAUUUAAACUGCCAGAUUUUUGCUAUGGCCGGAUCCAUCAGUGGAAUCGGAGCGAGUGCAACGAAUGCAGCAAUUGCAUACGACAGAUUCAGGUAUAAAAUAUUGAUCGAUUUGAUUUGUUUCCCCACCUAUAAUAAUUAUACUUUAUAUCUACACCCAUACUUUUGAUUUUCAUUCGCAAAAAGGCCUGAUCGUCUCGUCAAACCGCUCAAAUUCGUCAUCUUAUAUGCAAUGCUCUGUUAUAAAGUAUAUCCGUAGGUACUUUAUAUUACAACACGUUUUUGAAUUGUUCAGGAAAAUGUUCAAUAUUUUUGUGGGAUUGUAAAAACGACCGAUUAGUUUCCACUCUAUUGUGUUUGUAAUAGUACCAACAACUAUACUUUAUCAUUAUAAAUAGUUGUUAUUGAAUUUUUCCUGUUCGACACUGUCAUAUUUGCGAAAAGCCAGCAAAAUACAAGACGGGUUUUAAUCCUGAGCCUCACAAAGAAUGAUUUUUAAAUAAUAUCAAAGAUUAUUAUUGUAUUCAAUUUACAAAAAAAAAAAAUUAUAUUUCAUCGCUAUAUUGAAGUCAACGGGUGCCGUGUUCUGCCUAACAGUCAUUAACACCCGGUUUUCGCAUCUUAUUUUUGAAUUUAAUUGUUCGUAUAAUAAUGUUAAACCUCCAGACACGACAACCAUUUAUUUAAAUAUUAAUUUAUUGAUAUGUAUCAAUAUAAUUAAUAUACCUUUAGAGUAUAUUCUCGUUUAUGUCUACUUAAUAUUUGAUAUUUUAAGUAGUGGAACAAUAUUUAUUAUAAAUCGCAAAAAAAAAAAUUGUCUAUGUAGAAUAUAUUUAACAUGUUUUAUAUACUUACUUGACAUAUUUCAGUACAAUCGCAAAACCAUUUGACGGACGUAUGACAUUCGGUAAAGCCUUCAUUCUAAUCAUAUGCAUUUGGACUUAUGUUUUGCCAUGGUGCUUUUUGCCUCUAACUGAAAAAUGGAAUCGAUUUGUGCCAGGUGAGUUAUCAAUUCGCAAUAGAUAGAACUAUAAUUUAGAUUCUGAGCGGAGCGAAGAAUGUAUUGAUUUUACAAUGAUGUUUAUUUUUUUUCUGUGAACAAUUUUCUACCAGUAAUUUUAUCCGAUAUUUAAGUAUAACACUUUUUCUGAAAGGAAAGCUGACUGGGGUGGUACUAUAAGGAAGUAAUUGUUUGAUUUUCCCAGGGGUUUUCAUAAUAUACGGGAAAAUGUACAAAAUGUAUUAUUUUUAAAUCGCAAAUAUUAUGGCCUUUCAAAACAUAUAUAACCGAAAUCCCCUUACCAUCGUUUUUCGUCAGGAAUGAUUAAUCUUUGCGUGUAGAUAUACAUUGAAUUUCCCCUUUACUUUCUCAAUUUCUCACCUACAGGUUACAGGUUACAAUAACGUCCUAAUCAUCGUGCAAAGCAUGUCCGUUUCUUUUUUGUUUAAGUAUUUUUAACACCUUAAGCCAUUGAAAAAAUAAAAACUUUAUUUUUUAAUUUAUAUUAUUACUUAUAAGCAACUAUCAGUUAUCAUUUUUUUUUAAACUUAAAUAUGUUUGUACUAUAUGUAUAUAAAAUGUCCUAAUCGCAGCCAUAGAUGUUGACGACUAUAGGGCCGAAUGUUAUAAUAUUGUAGAAGGAGUCAGAAUACGCACGACCACUGUGGCGGUCAUUGGGUGAUAGACAGCUGUCGGAUGGUCUUCUGAACUCCUGGUACCAAUUUCAGAUUUUCAAAAGUUCAUUGAGUUAUUUUAAAGAUUUUACAGUUGCAUUUUUUAUACCAGGAGGUCAGAAGCUGCCAUCGCAGCGGUCGAGCGGGGUUGACUGUUUUUAGGUCGUGAACGGCCGUUACGUGGAUCAAUGGCCACAUAGUUAUGGUAACAUUUCUAUUUUAACUCACAAUGAUUCGAUCACUGUUCCAUCGGGAAUUUUCAUGGUAGUUUGCCGGCCCCUGAUCAGGCUUAUGUGAAACUGAAGACUUUCGUUUUCAAUUUUUUUUAUAAUUCUAUAGAUCCUGAUAUUACUAUAUUUCAAUCACAGAUAUGUAUGAUAAUAUAAUAUAUUAUACAUAUCUGUGGACUGUGAUUCCAAUAUUGUAAUUGCAUAAUCACGUGUUAAUUGUUGACACCACAAGAGUGGGCCAUGUUGCCACAAAAGUUGGUCCCGUACAAUCAUAAAUAGAUUGUGGUUGAUUAAACUAUUAUGGUAUUAUAAUUAGAAUCAUAAACAUUGUAAUUGUAUUUGUGUUGUAAAAAAAUUGAUGAGAACCCUCCAGAUUUCUGCUCUGGAUCCGUGCCUGAUAUACACACUGGAAUAUAGAAAAAUGGAAUGUACCACGUAUAAUAUGUAUAAUAGGAUAAUAAUUGUUCAAAUAAACGACUCGUACGACGAUAAUUAUUUAAUCCUUUAAGGCAUACAUUCAUAUUUUUUUGGAAAAUAUUAAAAUUUAGCACUAAUUUAACAUGAAAAAAAAAAUAGGUGGUUUUACUAUCAUACCUGCACAAUGCCUCAAAAGGUUAAAAAUCGUCCAUCGUAUUUGUUUCAGAGGGUUAUUUGACAAGCUGUACUUUUGACUAUUUAUCACCAACGGACGAAACAAAAGCUUUUGUCGGAAUUAUGUUUGUGAUUUGCUACGUGAUUCCAAUGUCGUUGGUUGUAUAUUUUUACUCACAAAUCGUUACGCAUGUUUUCAAUCACGAAAAAGCACUCCGCGAACAGGUAAUAAUCGCAUAUAAUAUACGGUUUUCGAUCCGGCAAAAUUAACUAAGAAAUCUUUUCAAUACGGGGGCUUGUAAAAUAUUGGAAAAUGUUUUGUUGGAACCGUUUUUUUUCGAAAAAAUAAUAAGUCGGGAAAUAUUUUGUCAGAAAAUAAUUUUUACCAAACAUUCAGUCAUGGAGUGCUUAUCAGCGGCGCCGACACCAGCAGUCAAAGGUGGCGGUCGCCACCCUUCUUUUAAUGGGUGGGUGGCGGUGGAUCCAUGAUUAGUAUCUGAGUGAUAUUUUUUAUUGAAUUGGUAAGUAUGAAAUAUUAAUAUUAAGAGUGUUGUAUGGGAGUUUGUUUUGUAAACGAGGGUAGUGGUCUAUACAACUUUUCAUCUGCCCACCUUCUUAAAACAUGGUUCGGCACCACUGGUAAUUAUGAUGAAAUUAUGUUGAACAGUUCCGACAAAACAUUUUCCGAUGAAUUAUUUUUCCGAAAAAAUUCUUUCUAACAAAUUAUAGCCCUCCCCCAAUACCUAUACAUUGUUAUUUUAUACAUUCAAAAAUGGCAAACCGAAUCGAACGAAUUAAAAAUUUAAAGUAUAAGUCAAUUUCAUUAAAAAAAAAUCACAAAUUAUAUAAAAUUACAAUUAGGAAAAUUUUGAAAUUUAUGGAGUUAUUGAAAAAAAUUACAUAAGAAAAGUAUAAAAGAUAAAUUCAGAAAUUGCCUUAAGCACUUUUUUCUUUGGGACCAAUGACCAAUGAUAUAUAAUUAAUGAUAAUUUAUACAUUUUUCACUCGAUUAUUUAGGCUAAAAAAAUGAACGUCGAAUCAUUGCGGAGUAAUCAAGAUGCAAAUGCUCAAUCAGCCGAAGUUAGGAUUGCUAAAGCUGCUAUCACGAUAUGUUUCUUAUUUAUAGCAGCCUGGACACCGUACGCGGUCGUUGCCAUGAUUGGAGCUUUUGGAGACAAGUGAGCGAUUUUUUUUUAAUCUAUUGUUACUUAUAAAAAUUUACCUUAUUAUUAUACUUACUAAUUAUUACUGUUUUUAUAUUAUUUCAAGAUCGUUGCUGACCCCCGGUGUCACAAUGAUACCGGCAAUAUUUUGCAAAACCGUGGCCUGUUUCGACCCCUAUGUGUAUGCAAUAAGUCAUCCGAGAUACAGGUAAGCUAAUCUCAGGCAAUUAAUUAUAAAUAAUAAUUCGUAUAAUAAUAUAAAUUACUCGGUGUCGUGGUGAUUUGUUUUAUUAUGUUCCAUAACAAUUAUGAGUUCCCUACUUCUCCGAUUUAAAUUUUAAACUGUCAUAAAUUAUUAUAACUUAUAAAUAAACGGUUAGUACAAUAUAAGUAUUAUGCAUAUGAACGUAAAAUAUUUUAUAAUAGUAUUAAAAAGAAUUUAUCUAAACAAAAAAUAAAAUAUUAAAUGGGUAACUAGUCAGAUUUGUUUUAAACAGAUAUUGAUCUUUUAAAAAAAUAUGCAAUAGACUAGUACCUAAGUAGUAGAUAAUAAAAAAUGUAUACUGUUAAAAAAUUGUGUUUAUUAAAAAAUAUUUGGCUUUUUGCUGAAACCGAUUACGAUAAAUUUUAAUUGAUUUUGUAUUUAGAUUGGAACUGUCAAAACGUAUUCCGUGUCUUGGCAUCAACGAAAAACCUCCGGCAACAGUAUCCGAGACCCAAUCUGCGACAACUACCGCUUAAUACAUAAUGUUUUUAAUCUAUAUACCUACGUAUGCAUAUAUGUAUAUUUAUUUAUAUUAUAUUUUAAGCUUCAUUACAAAUUAUUGAUAAUUCAAUAAUAAUAUUUACGUCUAUGGUUUAUCUCAACAAAUAUUUUGUAAAAUAUUAUUACUUAUUAAUCAAUUGAUUAAAUAUGGUUUACUCCAUUAAGAAAAUUAGGUGUUUACUUAAAAAAAAUGUGCACGUAUAACAUUUAAAUUUAUUUAUUUUAGAAUGAAAUUCGUGAAUUUUUUACAAUGGAUUGCAAAAUUAAUUAGGAAAUACUUAUAUGACAUAAUAUUAUAUAAUUUUAAAUUUAGUGGAU